CCUGUAUUUAUUAUUUAUCUUUGUUUUUAAAUUAAAUUCACUGAAAAACUCGACAAAUACAGUAAAAAUGCCUAAUCCAACGUGUGUUCAAUGCAGUACGAACGAUUCCUUACUAUGGCGUAAUGCUGAAAACGGUCAAAUUUGCAACGAAUGUCACAUAGCGAAUAAUGUUACUAAGGAAGUUAAAAUUGAGCUCACAGCUAUAAAAGUUGAAAAAGACGAUGAUAGAGAUGAUUUAGAGGGUAAAAAUGACAGAGAUAAUGAGUCUACGCCUGCUAAAGCGACUGGAAAAGGCACUAGGAAGAGUACAAGAGCGACUAGAUAUAAGUCUAAGACUCCAGCUCCCACGCCUAACAAACCUCCUGCACCACGAGGCAGAGGCCGUAGGAGUAUCUUUAAGAGACAGCCCCUGAAGGCUCCCACUGCUACAGCUACUGUUGUCACUAGUGAUUCAAUUUUUUAUAAGGGUAAUUACAUGCAAGUGGGCGACAUAGUCUCAAUGAUAGAUAUUGACGGAGGCAUAUACUACGCACAGAUCCGAGGUUUCCUCACAGACCAGUACUGCGAGAAAAGCGCUGUUGUCACUUGGUUGUUGCCCACAAAAGCCAGCCCACCACCAGAGAAGGGGUUUGAUCCUGCUACUUAUAUUAUUGGACCUGAAGAAGACCUGCCUCGCAAAUUGGACGUAAUGGAGUUUGUAAUGCAUGCUCCCUCAGAUUAUUACAAAGCUAGUAAUAGCCCUUACCCACUCAUAGACAAUGAAUUGAACAAUUACACUGGGUACAUUUGGACAUCACUGGAAGCUAAAGAGAGAACAUAAAUUAAACUUAAGUUUAUUAUUAAGAUUGUUUUUUUAUUUCGUGAAUAAAAUGG